AUGCCCAGUGCUACCGGAGCUGAAUGGGAGAAGUACAAGAAGAACUUCGCUGACGAUGAGAUUCCCGAGAAAAAAAUCACACCUUUAACAGAUGAGGACAUUCAGGUGCUGAAAACAUACGGAGCUGCGCCGUACGCCGCUGCUCUCAAGAACCUCGAGAAACAGAUCAAAGAAAAGCAACAAAGUGUGAACGAGAAGAUUGGUGUUAAGGAAUCUGAUACUGGACUUGCUCCUCCUCAUUUAUGGGAUGUCGCCGCGGAUCGUCAACGCAUGGCUGAAGAGCAACCCCUGCAGGUCGCUCGAUGCACAAAGAUAAUACAGGACGAAAAAGAUGCCGACAAAAGCAAAUAUGUCAUCAACGUAAAGCAAAUCGCUAAAUUCGUUGUCAAUCUCGGUGAGCGGGUCAGUCCUACGGAUAUUGAGGAGGGCAUGCGUGUCGGUGUCGAUCGUAACAAAUACCAAAUCUUACUUCCUCUCCCGCCGAAAAUCGAUCCCAGCGUGACGAUGAUGCAGGUCGAAGAUAAGCCAGAUGUCACAUACGGAGAUGUUGGAGGAAGCAAAGAGCAAAUCGAGAAACUGCGAGAGGUUGUUGAAAUGCCAUUGCUGUCACCCGAACGCUUUGUCAACCUAGGUAUCGACCCUCCUAAAGGUGCCCUUCUAUAUGGUCCUCCCGGCACGGGAAAGACGUUGUGCGCGAGAGCUGUUGCGAACCGUACAGACGCUACAUUCAUUCGAGUCAUUGGCAGUGAAUUGGUCCAAAAGUACGUGGGUGAAGGUGCUCGCAUGGUACGUGAGCUCUUCGAAAUGGCACGAACCAAGAAAGCUUGCAUUAUUUUCUUCGAUGAAAUCGACGCGAUUGGAGGUGCUCGUUUUGACGAUGGUGCUGGCGGUGAUAACGAAGUUCAGCGUACGAUGUUGGAACUUAUCACACAGCUUGAUGGCUUCGAUUCUCGUGGUAACAUCAAGGUCAUGUUCGCAACUAAUCGACCCUCUACUCUGGAUCCUGCGCUGAUGCGUCCUGGCCGUAUUGAUCGCAAAAUCGAAUUCUCACUACCAGACAUGGAGGGACGCGCUAACAUUCUCCGCAUCCAUGCGAAAAGUAUGUCUGUCGAACGUGAUAUUCGAUGGGAAUUGAUUUCCAGACUGUGCCCGAAUGCUACAGGUGCUGAACUGCGCAGUGUGGCAACGGAGGCUGGCAUGUUCGCAAUCCGGGCUCGCCGGAAGGUUGCUACAGAGAAGGACUUCCUUGCUGCUGUUGACAAGGUGAUCAAGGGCAAUCUCAAGUUCAACUCGACAGCAACGUAUAUGCAGUACAACUAG